CAGAGCGUCAGAAACACUGCAGUCGAGCUGAGUCUCUGCUUUUCUCUGAGAGACGAUUCAAAGUGACAUCAUCAGGUUUUUCUCAACAACUCAACAGAGUCUCUUCCAAACACUGAUAUGGCUUCUUCAACCCUUCUGCUGUCUGAAGAUCAGUUCCUGUGCUCCGUCUGUCUGGAUGUGUUCACUGAUCCAGUCACAACACCAUGUGGACACAACUUCUGCAAAAAGUGCAUCACUGAACACUGGAAUGUGAGUGACAGGUGCCAGUGCCCCAUGUGCCAAGAGGUUUUCACCACCAGACCAGAUCUGAGGGUCAACACCUUCAUGUCUGAGAUGGUUUCUCAGUUCAGACAGUCGACUCAGCAGAAAGCCAGCAGCAGCAGCUCAGAGCAACAAGAGGCCAAACCAGGAGGAGUUCCCUGUGACGUCUGCACUGGAACCAAACUAAAGGCCCUGAAGUCCUGCCUGGUGUGUCUGGCCUCCUACUGUGAGACUCACCUGGAGCCUCAUCUGACAAUGUCAGGCCUGAAGAGACAUCAGCUGAUGGACCCUGUGGAGAACCUGGAAGACAGGAUGUGUCUGAAGCACGAUAAACCUCUGGAGCUGUUCUGUAGGACCGACCAGACGUGUGUCUGCAUGCUCUGCACUGUGUUAGACCACAAGAUGCACAAUGUUGUUCCUCUGAAGGAAGAAUAUGAAGGAAAGAAGGUCGAGCUGGUGAAGACGGAGGCUGGAAUUCACGAGAUGAUCCAGAAGAGACGACUGAAGAUUCAGGAGGUCCAACACAACGUGAAGCUCAGUGAGGAAGAUGCAGACCGAGAGAAAGCAGAAGGUGUUCAGGUCUUCACUGGUCUGAAGGAGUCUGUGGAGAGAAAACUGAACGAGCUCAUCACUACGAUAGAAGAGAAGCAGAGAACCACAAAGAAACAGGCUGAAGACGCCAUCAGAGAGAUGGAACAGGAGAUCUCUGAUCUGAUGAAGAGGAGCACUGAGGUGGAGAAGCUCUCCCUCUCUGAAGACCACCUCCACCUCCUCCAGAGUGUCCAGUCCCUCAACAUCCACCAUCCACCACCCACCAAGGACUGGUCUCAGGUCAGUGUUCCUCCAGCAUCAUAUGAGGGGACUGUGGUGAGAGCUGUGUCUCAGCUGGAGGAGACUAUCAGUAAAAAGAUAAAGACGCUGGUUGAAGUUGAGAUGAAGAGAGUCCAGAAGUUUGCAGUGGAUGUGACUCUUGAUCCUGAAACAGUUAAUCAUGACCUCAUCCUGUCUGAUGACGGGAAACAAGUGCGUCGUGCUAAGGUACAGCAGCCAGGUCUCCCCGACAAUCCACAGAGGUUCUCUCAAGGUCCCUGUGUUUUAGGAACACAGAGUUUCUCUUCAGAAAAACUUUAUUACGAGGUUCAAGUGAAACGAAAGUCUGAAUGGGUUUUAGGAGUGGCCAGAGAGUCGGUCAACAGGAAGGUAAACAUCACAGUGAGUCCUCAGAACGGUUACUGGACUAUAUAUAUGAGCAAUGGAAAUGAGUACAAAGCUUUUGCUGACUCUGUAGUUCUUCUCUCCCUGAAGUCUCGGCCUCAGAAGGUGGGGGUGUUUGUGGACUAUGAGGAGGGUCUGGUCUCCUUCUAUGACGUGGAAGCUGCAGUUCUUAUCUACUCCUUUACUGGCUGCUCCUUCAAAAAGAAACUCCUCCCAUUCUUCGGUCCUGGUCUUUAUCUUGAUGGUAGAAACUCUGCACCUCUGAUCAUCACUCCUGUUGGAGUAAACUAAUCACUUCUAACACGUCCUUCAAGGGGAAAUAUUUAGACUCAACCCUGUGUGGUCUACAUCUUAUCUUCAACACUUCAUCUUCUAACUGAAGGAAUGCACAGAUACAAUGUGUUCUAUCUGAUGGGCAGCUGCAGAAGCAUAUUGUCAUAUUGUGUCAUAAAGCUCAGCCAUAAAGAGUCAUAAUUAUUUUAUGUUUAUAGUGUCUCCAGAAUAAAGUUUGUGUCAUUGUAAUACUGGACAUGAAAAGUUGAUCAACAAAGUAGAAAAGAUGUCAACAGCAUUUUAUACUUGGUUUAAAAGAUGGGUUUUAUUGAUUAAUGGUUACUUUGGCCAUUUUUGUUUUGUUUUGUGAAAUCCGGUGAGUUGGCUCAUAAGUGAAAGAAAUCUGUAAUAAAUAUAUGAUUGUGGAAUAAAAAGCUCAAAAUAAAAGUAAUUGUUCUGCAAUUCCUGUGACUGCUGCUUUACAAUAAAAGCUUCUUAUUUAAGA